AUUCGGAACACCUCAAGUCCUUCAAAAAACUUAGAGAGACAUUGAAAGUCGCACGACCAGCAUGGCCUCUGUUGGCAAACUACUGCAGAGAGUAAAACCAACACUCCCAGACAAAUGGAAAGGAGGGAAAAUAGACAGAAUCGGAAAUUAUAUUUAUAAUAUCUACAAUGACUACAAGGUAGUAGCCCAAGAGACCAUUCAGGACUGCAAGAACCAUCCAGUCAAAGCCUCCAUUUACAUUUCCUUUUUAUCAUUUUUUGGACUUCUGUACAAAACAAACCCCACUGAGAGAGAUUUUAAGCAGGAACUGCUGGAUGAUGCUCAUGAAAUGCUGCUGAUAGGUGAACCAAUUAGAAAUGUGAACACGGACAAGUACCUUUGUUCACUGUUAGAAGCAGAGCGAGACGGACGCUUGAGGUACCGAAGUCUCUUGUUCUUCUCUAUAGUGUAUUUUGACAGUUUGUCACGUGAGGCAGAUUUGUUUGAAGGUAGAUGUAGUCUUAUUAAACCUCAUUGGAAGGAUUUCCAUACGCGUAUAGUGGAAGUGGGAAUUCUGGGACGCUUUGUGAAUUUACAGAAGGCCAUGGUGGACUAUGAUGUUAACCCUGAGGAAUGGAAUGAACAAGGAAUGCCUGUUAAUCCUCUGAAACUCUCACAACUCAAAUAAUAUUACUCUCAUUGUAUUCAUGUAAUUAUUGAUCUUGGUGAAUUGUAUAAAUUUACUGAAAUAAUUCUACUCUUAUUGAA